AUGCAACAUCGAGCGUUAGAUUGGAUUGGCGGCACUACUAGCGCCAAGAAAGCACUCGUGGACCGUGGGACCGGCCGCCCUUAUGCGGCUUCACGUGACUUUAUAAGCCCUUCCCUGCAAGGCCGUCCUCGAGUCUAUAAAGCCGCCGUCCCCGUUGCCGGGUAUCAGGACCCGCACUACCAAAUUUCAGGAUGCAAUAUCAACGAAUCGGAUUCAUGUGGGCUGCCAGUCAACGCCAGAACAUGUUCUUCCAGCCCCAGCAAUUCUCUAUCCCACACCAGCCUCCAUGGUGUUAGUAGCUGGGAUCCCUCGCAACUUUUGGCCUUUCCGCCUAAUGACUCCAUCGACUUUUCUCUUGAUCCAAUCUCUCUACCAAGUUCUUCGUCUUCUUCCUCUUUGUCUACUCUGACGAACGAUUUCCCUGUUACUUCCGGAGCACCUUUCUGCGACAUCACUGACUGGUCCGCCCUCUCUUCUUGCUCCAACUUGAUACCAUUUUCUGGCGACGGCUUGACGUAUCCGCUGGUGACUUCGGAUGCCUUGGGUACAACUCUCGCUCCUGUUACGGACUUGCAAUAUGACUCAACCUUGACACAUGCCAUGGCACCAGGACCCUCGACUUCUGGCUCCUCAUCGACAAGCUCCCGCAAAUCCCAGUCACCCAAAAUGUCCUCGACCAAGUCAUCCAAUGCAAACAGUCCCCUUGUCGAGACCGCCCGCAUCGAAAAGCGAAAAGCCAACACCAUGGCCGCCCGCCGCUACCGUCAAAAACGCGUGGAUCAAAUGAGCGGCCUCGAAGCUCAGCUCAAAGAAACGCAAUCGGAACGUGACGACCUCAAAGUCCGCUGCGCGAGGCUUGAGGGCGAAGUGGAAACGCUCAGAGCUCUCCUAAAAGCUCAAACUCAAAAGUAACUUUCGAAGUUGGGGAGGUGGUCAGCGUUUGCUCCAUUUUCUUUGUUUCUUUUUCCAAUAUCCUGGCACAGGGGCGUUUUUUUCUCAGACGAUGUCGUUCGAGUGUGAUCGUUACCUUUGUCCAUUUGUUCGUAU